AUGACGUGCGGCGACAUCUUUCUGGGCCUGUUGGCCAUAAUCUUCCCUCCUCUCGCCGUCUGGGUCAAGCGCGGCAUCUGCAGCGCCGACAGCCUCAUCAACAUCCUGCUCUGUGUUCUCGGCUACAUCCCCGGCCUUCUGCAUGCCUGGUAUAUUAUUGCUCGCUUCCCCGAAGAAGAGUACGACUAUGAGCAUCUGCCAGACAGCGAGAACCGAGUCACAUAUUACUACGUUUCGCACCAGCCCGGCCAACCUCGCGAUUAUGGCACUCAGGGUGGCCAACAAAGACAGCCCAAGCCAAAUUCUGCGGCACCACAGGUUCCACAGCACUCCAGGCCAGAGCCGAGUGGGCCGAGUGUGGGAGCUGGCACUAGCGAGCAGGGUGCGCCGCCCAGUUACUCGGAUGUGGUGAAGGGUGACAACAAGGUGCAGAGCCAGGACUGA